AUGUCAAGCAAUAGCACCGACCAGGUGAACGAGGACAUGCAGAACCUGGCUCUUGACGACGACGUUGGCGCCCCUGUUGGUGACGGCGAUGGUGCCAAAGCCCAAGGCAAGCCUGACAUCAAAACUUUCGGCGCGAAGAAAGCCUGCUUCAACCUCCCAUUCGGUCAAGGCGCCCAACUCGUCGGUCGGGAGGAAGAAAUGAAUGCCCUCAGGAAACUCUUUGCUGACCACCGUCGUGCUGCUUUGGUGGGCAAGGGCGGUGCAGGUAAAUCCCAGAUGGCCAUCGAAUAUUGUCACUUGCUGCGGGCGGAGGACCCGGAUCGUCAUAUCUUUUGGGUAAACGCGCACACGGUCGAGCGGUUCGAGGGGGGAUUCCGCGAUAUCGCCCAAACGGCCAACAAACUACCGACCUGGAGAGACCCGGCGAUCAUCAACAUGGAGCUGGUAGUCAACUGGCUCAAGGACGAAGCCAACGGGACCUGGUUUUUGGUGCUCGACGAGAUCGACGACCCCAAGCUCCUGCUCACGCCGCUCUCCACGGGCCGCGCUUCAGCCUGUGACCCCGUCGUGGACUAUAUCCCCGACGUCGCUCAUGGAUGCGUGUUGAUGACUUCCCGCAGUCGCCUGGCUGCCAAACACUUCACGCGGGAUGUAUCCUGCAUCCUACGCAUCGAACCCAUGGCGGAACCGAGUGCCCGUGCCCUGCUGCACGACCUCCCGGCCGAGGUUCUCUCCAGCACCUACGGUAGGGAAGAAGAAGACGACCUUGCAGUCUUGAUCGAGACACUUCAGGGCUCUCCGCUGGCGCUUAAGCUCGCAGCGGCGUAUAUCAGAUACAAUGCGCCGCGGGUGACGGUGGCGCAGUACGUGGCUUGGUUCCGAGACGAGGCCAGCCAGGUGAAGAAGAAGAAGAAGGCAAAGAAGAACGCACCAGCUGCCAUUGACCAGAGCCAGGAGGAGAACGCCAACAACACCAACAACAACAACAAGGGCCCCGAUGACGUGGUGGCUCGCCAGUGCGUACUCCGUGCGUGGGAGAUUUCAUUCGAGCAGAUCCAGCGCGAGCGGCCGGCGGCGGCGGCACUGUUGUCCCUACUGUCUGUACUGGACCGACACAGCGUCUCCAAGCGCCUGGUUCGGGGGAAGAGUGUACGCGGCCCGGAGUUCCGUGCCCGGCAGGACAUCCUUGUCGACAUGGCCAUGGUCACCGUUGACAGUGAAUACAAUACAUUCAGUUUACACCGGGUGAUCCAGCAUGCGACCCAGCGCUGGCUGCAUGCGAGCCGCACGCUGGAGGAAUGGCAGGAGCGGGCGUUCAUGCGUGUGCAAGAGCUCUGCCCGCAGGGGGUCGGACACACGUACGACAACUGGGCGCUGUGGGAAGCGUUGUACCCGCACAUCAUCGUGGUGCUGGGCUACCGGUCGACGCGGUACAAGACCGAACGCGGGAUGCUGUCGGUGUAUACGGCGGAAUAUGAGUCGCGCCGCGGGCGGUUCGAAAAGGCCGUGGAACUGUGCCGCGAGGCGACGGGGCUGCUGCAGCGGCGCAAGGGCCUCGGGCACACGGACACGAACCAUGCGAUGAGCGUGCUGGCGGAUGCGCUGCAACGGCAGGGGAAGAUGAUGGAAGCGGUGAAAUUCUACCUACAGGGAGUGACGCACCGGCAACCUGAGACGGUCCAAGACCUGACGAUCUGGGUGACCGAGCUCACGCAACUGGCGCUGAGCUGCGAGGACCAGGAAAACCACUGGGAGGCGUUGAAAUUCCGUCACCUUCUCAUGGAUAUGACCGCCAGCACGUUCGGCGCGACGGACCCGGUCAGCAUCCUCAUGCGAGGCAACUACGGCGACUGCCUGUGCUCCGUGGGCCGGCUGGUGGAGGGGGAACACUUUCACCGCGAAGCGCUGCGGCUCAGCCAUACGGCGGACAGUGACGCGGGCGAGUGUGUCAACCGGGCGACAGUCCAGCUACUGAAUAAUCUCAAGUCGCAGAGGCGCUGGGCGGACGCGAUGGAGGUGGCGGAGCCUCACCUGCAGCGACUGCGCGACAAGCACAGCCGCGACCACCACGUUGUGAUGAACAUCACGACCCAUGUGGCGGACAUCAAGGGAGGGUUGGGUCAUCUGAAGGAAGGCGAAGUGAUGCUUCGUGAGCUGAUCGAGCGCAGCCGCAAGAUCGUCGGGGAGCGCCACCGUGACACGGUGUCCCGGAUCAAGCUCCUGGGAAAAAACCUGGCGAUGCAGGGCCGGCCGGAGGAGGCGGAGAAGCAGUACAGCAAGGCCGUGCAGCUGAAGGAGCAGGAGCUGGGGCGCGAUCACCCGGAGACGCUGCGGGCGCUGAUGCUGCUGGCAAACCACCAGAACGAAGAGAGGAAGUACCCCGAGUCCCGGAAGAACGAGCUGGAGGCGUUGAGGAUCUCACAGCUCCUCUUUGGCGAGAACAACAUGCAGGCCUUGGAGAUCAAAUCGCGGCUCAUACAAGUGACGAUGAUGUUGGGUCUUGUCUCGGAGGCGGAGGCGUAUGGCCGCGAGGUGCUGGCGCAGACAAUCAAGAAACGGGGGGGCAACCACCCGCAGGUGCUGGACCGUCAGAUCCAGCUGGGAAUAGUGCUGUGUGGCCGGAGAAAAUUCGACGAGGCUAUCCCCCUGCUGGAGAGGGCGUGGGUUCACGGUAGGGACACGCCCAACCGCAUCGUCUCACGGAAGGCUCUGAAGAAUUAUCUCGCGCUUGCCCUGCUGGAAACCGAGAACUUCGAUAAGAUGCACGCUUUGAGACUCGAGAAUACCAGGGUCAACAUCGGUGGUAGAUGGCUACAGCGUGGCGAGGACGCGGUGGCCCAGGUCGAGGCGGCGAUGAAGGAGGGAGAGUCACUGGAUUAG